CCGUCGCUGCUCCCCGCAUUUGGCGAGGACAGCUUCUCGUCAUCGCCGUUCCCGCGUCCGGGCUCCUCCAAACGCAAGUUUGAGGAAGAUUCACCCUCGUUCGCGAAGCAGCUCAAGUACUAUCCCACCCCCGUCCCCACCUCGUCGACCGGCAUCCUCAACUUCUCGUCGCCGCGUCACGUACGGCCGGCCCUGCAGCGCGCCGUGUCGGCCCUCUCAGAAAGGACCCCUCUCGGUGCGGUGCCCACCGUCGACCUGCCUGCGAAUGGCGAGCUGCUUCGUAUGGGACGGUCGUCCAACUCUGCCGACUACCAGCUGUCCACCAACCGCCUCAUCUCACGCGUCCACGUCCAAGCCGCGUAUCACGCGCCUGACUCCACCUACCCCCGCGGCCACAUCGAUGUCGAGUGCUUGGGAUGGAACGGUGCGAAGAUCCACUGCGGUGGCGCUGUGUUCGAACUUGCAAAGGGAGACACGUACGUCUCAGAGAAUCCGGAAUCGGAGAUCAUGUUGGAUGUUCAGGACACCCGUGUCGUGAUUGCUUGGCCCAUCAUCCCAGUAUCCAAGUUCUCGUGGGAGUCUGAAGAGGAGGACAUGCCAACACCCACACGCGGUAACACGCAGGGUGCCUUUGACUCUAGCCCUCCUGUCGUUCCCCGCUCUCCUGUCUCGCAGAGCCCAAUGCGUCAACCAUGUUUCGAGGCACUCGGUCCUAAUGCCCCUACUGGUGGUGUUCAGGUGUUCGAGGAUGCAGAUGCACAGGACGAGGGCUCGACGCUUCUAGACCCAGAGAAGACAUUCAUUCGUCCUACCGUUUCGCCCAUUGGCUCGAGCCAGGAGGCUGACGCAAAGGACAAAGACCCCAAAGCCAGCUUCACAUCGUCGUUUGGCGAAGAUGACUAUUCUGAUAAUGACGAGGAGAAUGAUCCUGUCAUCCACUCCUUUGGACCCUUUGGCCAGAACAUCCUCAACGGCCUCGAGUCGUUCUCAACUGCCACACCUGGCCUCGGCAAUACGCCACGACCUCCUCGCAAGCCAUUGGCUCCGCCGUCAAAACGCCUGUCCGCCGAGGCUGUCCGCUUCAAGGAGUCACCCAUCAAGAACCACGUCAUCAACCAGCUGGCGUACUCGCGUGUCCACUCGCACCCUCUCUCAACAAUUCACAGCAACCUUCCCGCUGAGCUCAAGGCUUGUGCGAGCAAGCCAAAGAGCGCUCAAAGUGCGGAAGGGCGCAGUGGCUCGACUACACCGCUGCCUGAAUUGUCGCAGUCCGAUCUGAGGAUGAUCCUGGAACAAACCCCAUGCGUAGGAGAAAUCCCCCGCAUUGGUAAGGACGCUGCCGGCAAGCCGCUUGAGAGCGAGUACUAUUACGUCCCCGAGAUGGACCCCGACCAGAUGAGGCGCGAGACCAUCACCGCCGGCAUGCGCAGCACCGGCCUCCGCUCUGUCCGAAAAACACAUAAGCAAUACUACUGGAAGAAACCCCGCGCCUGA